CAAUCUUCUCAACCUCUCUCUUCCCUGUCCCGCAGUCAGGCCGGUUGGAAUAACACCUCUCUUCACUCUCGCUGGGGAAGUCCACGCAACACUGUAUUUCUACACUACGUCUGGGACUACGGCACUCACCCACUCUCGGCACAGUGAGGACAGUACGGCUGGGAAGCCUCAGAAGGUGGGCUGGUCUGGGUGUCUCUCCUCAGCAGUCAUGGGGAGGUCAGGAACCCUCCGGGUUUGGCCGUUUGGGACGAGCAUGCAGUUGUUACUUCCCCUCGUCCUCUGUGUCACCUGCAUCCAUGGUGUUUUUCCACCACAGCCACGGGUCUUCCUGUCAUUUCAAGAAUUACAGAAAACCCAGUCCUUUGAGCACUACACUCUGUCUGAGAAGGCCAUGGACUAUAGGAUCCUGUUCAUGGAUGAGGAUCAGGACCGUAUGUAUGUGGGCUGCAAAGACCAUGUGCUUUCGAUGGACAUCAACAACAUCAGCCAAACCACGCUGAAGAUCUUCUGGCCGGCAUCCACUAGCAAGGUCGAGGAGUGUCAGAUGGCUGGCAAAGACCCCACACAUGGAUGUGGAAACUUCUUACGAGUGAUCCAGCCUUAUAACAGGACGCAUCUGUUCAUCUGCGGCAGUGGAGCCUACAGUCCAGUGUGUGCAUAUGUUAACCGUGGCAGGCGUCCGGAGGAGCAAGUCUUUCAAAUUUCUUCCCGAGCAGAAUCAGGGAAAGGAAGAUGCUCAUUUAACCCACAAGUCAACACUGUCUCAGUCAUGCUCAAUCAGGAGUUGUUCUCUGGCAUGUACAUUGACUUCAUGGGGACAGACGCGGCCAUCUUCAGGAGCCUGACCACAAGGAAUGCAGUGAGGACGGACCAACAUAACUCCAAAUGGCUGAGCGAGCCAGUGUUCAUUGAUGCCCACUUGAUUCCUGAUGGCUCGGACCCAAACGACGCCAAACUUUACUUUUUCCUGCGCGAGAGACUGACAGACAGUAGUGGAAACACUAAGAACAUCCACGCUAUGGUGGCUCGAGUGUGCCCUAAUGACACUGGAGGUCAACGCAGUCUGGUGAACAAGUGGACCACGUUUCUGAAGGCUCGGCUGGUAUGUUCGGUUCUAGAGGAAGACGGCACAGAGACCCACUUUGAUGAGCUCGAGAAUGUGUUUUUACUGGAGACGGACCACCCAAAGGGCCUUCUCAUCUUUGGAGUUUUCACAUCUACAAGUUCUGUGUUCAGAGGUUCUGCUGUCUGCGUGUACAACAUGGCCGACAUCCUGACGGUCUUCAACGGACCGUUUGCACACAGGGAAGGGCCUAACUUCCAGUGGGUGGCUUUCCAGGGCCGGAUCCCGUACCCACGACCGGGAACUUGUCCCGGUGGUGCAUUCACCCCUCACAUCCAGAGUACUAAAGAGUUUCCAGAUGAUGUGGUGACGUUCGUGAGGAAUCACCCCGUCAUGUUUAACCCCAUUUACCCGGUCGGCAGAAAACCUCUGGUGGUGCGGACGCAUGCCGAUUACAAAUACACCUCUAUAGCGGUGGACCAGGUCACCGCUGCGGACGGACACUACCAGGUUCUAUUUCUGGGCACAGAUAAAGGCACGGUACAGAAGGUCGUAGUUCUACCGACAAACGGCUCUCUGGAUGAGGAUCUAAUCCUGGAGGAGCUGGAAGUAUUUAAGAAGCAAUCUCCAAUCACCAACCUACGAAUCUCAUCUAAAAAGCAACAGCUGUAUGUUAGCUCAGAGCAUGGAGUGUCCCAGGUGUCUUUGCACCGCUGCAACGCAUACGGCUCUGCCUGUGCAGACUGCUGUUUAGCGCGGGACCCGUACUGUGCCUGGGAUGGGCUCAGCUGUUCUCGAUUCUACCCUACUGGCAAGAGGAGAAGCAGAAGGCAGGAUAUUAUGCAUGGGAAUCCACUGACUCAGUGCAGAGGGUUCAAUCUGAAAGCCUACAGGAAUGCAGUAGAGAUGACUCAGUAUGGUGUCAAAAACAACACCACUUUCCUGGAGUGUCAUCCCAAAUCUCCACAGGCCUCAGUUAAAUGGCUCAUUCAGAGAGACAACGAUCGCAGGAAAGAGGUGAAGCUGAGCGAUCGUGUGCUGUCCACCAACCACGGUCUGCUCAUCCGUUCAGUGCAUUCUUCGGAUCAGGGCCUGUACUACUGUCUGGCCACAGAGAAUGGAUUCAAGCGCACUCUUGCUAAGAUCCGUCUCCAGAUUCUGAGCGAGGCUCUGGUCAGCGCUCUGAGCAAUAAACAUUCACCCUGGGGCUGGGCAGCCUCACUGCACCCUAAAGCCCUGGUGUCGGCCUUCAGCCCGGCUGAGACGUUGGCCAUGCACCAAUACUGCAAGGAGCGCAAACAGAUGCAGAGUCUGCAGAACAUACAGAGCCCCAUGAGAGGCGAUCUGGGCAAACUCAAACCCUUGCUGGACCACAGGAAGAGCAGAAACCGCCGGAACCACUUACUAGGGGAAUAGAGGUCAAAUGUAAGGGAAGGAGAUUGAAGAAGAGAUAAUGAAAAGGAAAAAGAUGGAUAGAGAGACGAUGGAAAAGGAAUUAAGACAUGCAUCAGGAAAGAACUCGAGUGGAAAAUAAAGGAGGAGAACGUUGGAGAAGAUUCCUCUGUUAUGAACCUCAAUUGUUGUUUUUCUUCAAGCGCAAAGCAUCUCAGGUGCUUCCUGUACAGCAGUCUUAUAUACAUCAACACCCAGAGCAGAGGACUCUGAAACAUCUUCACACACAGGCAC